AUGCGUCCUGAUAAGCCUCGUGAUCCCGUUGUCGGACCUGACGCAGGUCCUGAGAACCCAUACCCCGUGCGAUUAUCGGGACCGGUGAUUAAGGGCUUUGGACGGGGGAGUAAGGAUCUAGGAAUUCCCACGGCUAAUAUUCCCGCCGACGAUCUGUCCGAGAAGCAUCCCGAGUUGACCUCUGGCGUAUACUAUGGCGUGGUAGCGCUGGACCCCCAGAACCUGGCGCAUGAGAAUGGCGCAGAGAAGUCGACUUCGGCGACUCUCCUGCCUGCAGUUUUGAGCAUUGGGUAUAACCCGUUCUAUAAGAAUACCGUGCGGUCGGUGGAAAUCCACAUCAUGCCCCCUCUCACACAACCCUCCCCAACAGCCGUCGCGCAACCCAAAUUCAACCGCCUGCCCGAUUUCUACGGCACCCAGCUCAACCUCCUGAUCUUGGGGUACAUUCGCCCCGAAUACGACUAUGUCUCCCUGGAGGCUUUGAUCGAGGAUAUCCGGAUUGACUGCGAAGUCGCACGCCAGAGUCUCUUGCGCGAGGCGUAUCAGCGAUACAUCGUGGACGAUGGGAAGGCCUCGGCUCAGGUCACUGAGGACCGGAAGUGGCUGGCAACGUUUGAGGGUGUGAACGCGAAGAAUUGA